CUGUUACAUAUUCCCGGUUGGGUAAAUUGGCAGAGUCCACUUUGAAUUCAUAUGUAACCAACACGAACAAACUGUAAUAAUUGUGUGUGCCAUCUAUGGGUAUAAAAGACUGCCUGAAUAAAUCCUAUGUUCACUUCUUAACAGUAACCUAAAAGUGUCUUUAAUUUCGUAACUAAGAAACACCUUAAAUAGUUAUAGUUCUUAGAAUUGAACAGUGGCGGCGAGAAAAACGUUUUAAAUCCGUGCAGUGUUAGUGAUCGGGUUCGACCAGUGAUCAAGUCACCGGCUGCGUUGUUCCAUAUCAUAGUGCGUGCAUCAAUUGAAAAAAAAAAAAAACUAUUGUUUCCAACGCCGAGUGUGAUGUGUAAAAGCCAGAUCGAACGUAGGCAAACUGUAUGCUGAAACGUAGAGGCACGAUAAUUGAUUGACUAGUGAAAACUUCACCAUAAUUUGUGGCUUAUUCGAAGCGGUAGUGGAACUAGCAAUUUUGCAAAACCGUGUGCGAAAAACACUUAGGCGAUAAAAAUUAAGUAGUGAGCAGUGCAGAGUGCGCAGAAUCUGAGUACUCAACUGAUUCGAGUGGACGGCAAGGACUCAGGAACCCAGGACUACACUAUUGAAGAAUGUCGGCCAUGGGAACGUUGGACCACUAUGUGGCGGGAACUCCUUUUACCAACUAUGUUGAGAGAUUGGAGAGCCUUAGCCGAUUUAACAAAUGGGAUGAAGAGAAUAAGAAAUGUGUUUUAAUAGCUCUUUCUGGUUCGGUCGUAUACGAUGAGUUAAAAUUAAUGUUUCCUGGUGUAGAGCUGCAGACUUUGAGAUACGAUGACAUGAUCAAAAAGUUGAAAGAACGUUUCGACAAAGUCGAACCAGACAUGAUGCAGCGAUAUCGGUUCUACAACCGUUAUCAACGUCCCGAUGAAACAGCUGAAAGCUAUAUUCUGGCUGUUAAGUUGCAAGCUGAGAAUUGUGAUUUUAAAGAGUUUAAAGAAACUGCAAUUCGAGAUAGGCUUGUUAUGGGACUUUAUGACAAAGAGUUGCAGAAAAAGUUGUUGAUGGAUGAGGAUUUGAGUUUAGCAGCUGUGGAGAAAAAGAUUAUUAGCAGUGAGGUAGCGGGAAACCAAGCGAAUUCUAUUUUCGGGCCGGAGAGACGAGAGUCAUCUGAAAUCAGCUCAAUAAAGAAUCGAUUAGGGAAAAAAGAGUGGAAUAGGAACCCCAGAGAUUAUGAGAGGGAAUCCAGAGGUUAUGAGAGAUCACCCAGAGAGUAUUACGGGCGGUCUAGAGAUCGCAGUCGGAACGUGAGUGAGAAAAAACAUGUGAGCUUUCGAGAGAGAUCGACUUCGUUUAACAGAGAUGGUAAUCCGUAUGCAAAUGCAAUUUGCAACUUUUGCAAAAAGAAAGGCCAUUUGAGACGACAAUGUUACUCCUAUCGCAACAACAACUCUGUUAGGUUUGUGGAAUCAGAUUCGGGUUCAAAAACUGAAACAUCGUAUAACUUUAAGCGGGAUAAAGAAAACAGUGCAUCUGAGGUAGAAUCGGACGGUAUGGAGUGCUUGUUGAUAACCGCUGUAAACAAAAUCAAUGAACCAUGCAUGGUUGAUGUUACGAUAGAAGGAAAACGAAUGCAAAUGGAAAUAGAUUCAGGAGCGGCGGUGUCGGUAAUUAGCGAUAUAGAUUAUUUAGAAUUUUUUGGAACGGUUCCUAUUAACACCUGUGAAAGACAAUUAGUGGUCGUGAAUGGCGAUCGCUUACAUAUUGUAGGAGAAAUCAAAGUUAGGGUUGUUUUGAAUGGAACAGCUAGUUAUCAGAAAAUCAUCAUUUUGGAAUGUGAAAAACAUUUCACACCGCUCAUCGGUAGGACAUGGCUUGAUUUCUAUUACCCGGAGUGGAGAACAGGGUUCGUGCAGAAAACUCCAGUCAACAAGUUGGUGCAAAGCAAAGGUACAGAUCAAAUUGUUGAAGAUUUAAAGCAAAAAUACUCAAAAAUUUUCAACAAAGAUUUUUCAGAACCGAUUAAGGGUUACGAAGGAGAGUUGCAGUUGAAACAUGACCAACCGAUCUUUAAAAAAGCGUACACAGUUCCCUACAAACUGAAAGACAAAUUGGAUAAUCACCUCGAUAUGCUUGAACAGCAAAACAUAAUAACAGCCAUCAAAGCUAGCGAGUGGGCUUCACCGGUUAUCGUGGUCGUGAAAAAGGAUCAGGAUAUCCGUAUGGUGAUUGACUGCAAGGUAUCUAUUAAUCGCGUUAUAGUACCGAAUACUUAUCCGCUACCGCUUGCUCAAGAUAUUUUUGCUUCUCUGGCUGGGUGUACGGUUUUUUGUUGUUUGGAUUUGGCAGGUGCAUAUACACAGGUGCAACUCUCUGAGCGUUCUAGAAGGUUUAUGGUUAUAAAUACACCCAAAGGUUUAUAUACUUAUAAUCGACUUCCACAAGGUGCAUCCAGCAGUGCAGCAAUAUUCCAACAAAUUAUGGAACAAAUCCUACAUGGGCUGGAAAACAUCAGUGUUUAUUUAGACGACGUCCUAAUUGCAGGAAAAGAUUUAGCUGACUGUUUGAAAAAUUUGGAAGCAGUCUUAGAACGUUUGUCUAAGGCUAAUGUUAAAAUAAACUUUUCAAAAUGUAAGUUUUUUGUAAACAAGUUACCAUAUUUAGGUCACGUAGUGACGGACAAAGGCCUAAUGCCCUCUCCAGAAAAAUUAUCAACAAUCGAACAGGCUAAACCACCCAAGAACGUUAGCGAGUUAAGGGCUUACCUUGGCCUGAUUAAUUAUUACCAUAAAUUUGUUCCUCGUCUGUCCGCAAAGCUGAGCAGUUUGCAUGCCUUGUUGAGUAAUGACAAACAGUUUGAAUGGACUGAUACAUGUGAUGAGGCAUUCAAGGCUAGUAAAAGAUCUUUGUUGGAGGCAAAUAUUCUGGAAUACUAUGACCCUAAUAAGCCACUUGUUGUCGUAUCUGACGCUAGUUCAUAUGGCUUGGGGGGUGUUUUGGCUCAUGAAGUCGAAGGUAAGGAAAACCCCAUUUGUUUUACUUCUUUUUCUCUUAACUCGGCGCAGAAGAAAUACCCCAUACUACACCUUGAAGCCUUGGCGCUUGUCUGUACCAUAAAGAAAUUUCAUAAAUUUCUUUUCGGGCAAAAAUUCAAGGUUUUUACCGACCACAAGCCGUUACUGGGGAUUUUUGGCAAGUGUGGUGCCAACUCAGUGUUUGUGACAAGGCUUCAGAGGUACAUUAUGGAGUUAUCUAUUUAUGACUUCGAGAUCGCAUACCGACCCUCAGCACUGAUGGGAAAUGCCGAUUUUUGCUCGCGGUUUCCGUUGGGCCAAGUGGUUCCUAGAAGCUUGGACGGUGAGCAUAUCAUGAGCCUCAAUUUCUCCCAUUCGUUACCACUAGACUACAAGAAAAUUGCAGAAGCUACUUCUGCAGAUUCUCAUUUAGUGGAAAUCCGGCGUUUCGUAGAAGAAGGUUGGCCAACAUCGCUGAAUGAACGGUUCAAAGCUAUGUAUUCAUUGAGAAUCGAUCUAGAAGUUAUUGAUAACUGUGUUCUGUAUCAAGGAAGAGUUGUUGUUCCUGUGGGUUUAAGACCUAAAGUGCUUCGAAUGCUGCAUGCUAAUCACAUAGGCAUUAUAAAAAUGAAACAACUAGCCCGUGAAACUGUUUUUUGGCCAAGAAUAAAUCUGGACAUAGAGGAUUUUCUCAAUCGUUGUGAAGUCUGUAUAAAGUCAUCUCCAGCGCCAGCAAAAUCAACAGAAAAUAAAUGGAUCCCUACAACUAGGCCAUUUAGUCGAGUACAUGCCGACUUUUUCUAUUUUGAUAGGAAAAUGUUUUUACUUAUUGUUGACAGCCACUCGAAAUGGGUGGAAGUCGAAAUCAUGCUGAACGGAACGGAUGCUAAACGUGUAAUAGACAAAUUCAUGGCCGUGUUUGCAAGAUUUGGACUUCCAGACGUUGUGGUCACAGACGGUGGACCUCCAUUUAAUUCAAAGGAAUUUACUUCAUUCCUAGUAAACCAUGGAAUAAAACCAUUAAAAAGUCCUCCGUACAACCCAAGUAGCAACGGACAAGCUGAAAGACUUGUUAGAGUCGUCAAAGAUGCUUUGAAGAAGCAUCUGCUAGAUCCGGAGCUAAACCGUUUAGACAUUGUAAGUCAAUUGAAUUACUUUUUAUUCAAUUACAGAAACCAAAUUGCAACUGCUGAUGGUUUUGUGCCCUCCAGCAAAAUGUUUAGUUACAAACCAAAAGUUUUGAUGGAUUUGAUCAAUCCUACUAAACAAUACAAAACAUAUUUAGAGAUUCCCAAACCAGCAAACAACACCUACAUCCAGGCUGAGCAAGUCCUAGAUCCAUUCAGUAAGUUGGUAGUUGGAGAUAAGAUAUUCUACAAAAAUUUCAGGAAAACAGAUCCUCAGCGUUGGAUUGAAGCUAAAUUCAUAAAACAACUCUCUAAGAAUGUCUUCCAAAUAUCUCUCCAUAGGAACGUUUUAUCGGCACAUCGAGAUCAACUGAAACUUCCGAAACCCGCGAGAGGCUCUAGACUGCUAGUCCCGUCAAAACACUCACGGAAGCGCAGUAGUAGGGAGCUGAGUGAGGAAGAUGGCGCGUGCGUUGGUUUCGAGGAAGAACCUAAGGAUCAGUCAUUUAGCAAAUUCAUGGAUAAGCUAGAAAGAUCUGUCGGUUCAAACAAUCCUAAAAGACCGAAGCUCAGCCGAAGCCCAAUAAUAACAAGGAGCCGCUCGCGAACAUGUGAAGUGUAAAAUAUAUUUUAAAUGCAUUAUUAGAAUUAAGUACAAAUUUCUUAACUUUAAGUAGGUCUUUAAAUUGUGCUCUAAAGAGGGAAGGAUUGUUACAUAUUCCCGGUUGGGUAAAUUGGCAGAGUCCACUUUGAAUUCAUAUGUAACCAACACGAACAAACUGUAAUAAUUGUGUGUGCCAUCUAUGGGUAUAAAAGACUGCCUGAAUAAAUCCUAUGUUCACUUCUUAACAGUAACCUAAAAGUGUCUUUAAUUUCGUAACUAAGAAACACCUUAAAUAGUUAUAGUUCUUAGAAUUG